GCAAAAUCUUUAAUUUAUUAUGGACAUCGACAGACACAUUUCCUAGCUACUCAAAGGAGGAUGUCUUACAGAAAGAGAUCUCAAACUUGUUUGUGAACGAGCAAAAGAAAUCUUCUUAGAAGAAUCCAAUGUGUAACCUGUCAGGGCUCCAGUCAAUGUGUGUGGCGAUAUUCACGGUAAAAACAAACAAUUAAAGUAUUUAGGCCAAUUUUAUGAUUUGUAGGCUUUGAUGAAAGAGGGUGGAGACAUCUCUGAUCACAAUUACAUUUUUAUAGGCGACUUUGUUGACAGAGGAUAUAAUAGUGUUGAAACCAUGGAGUAUUUGUUGUGUCUGAAAGGUAGAGCUGAUUGCAUUGAUUAAUAGUGAAAUAUCCAGGAAACAUCGCGCUAUUAAGAGGUAAUCAUGAAUCAAGACAAUGCACUUAAGUUUAUGGCUUUUAUGAGGAGAUUUUGAGAAAAUAUGGAAAUAGCAGUCCAUGGAGAUUAUUUAUGGAUGUUUUUGAUUGUUUACCAUUAGCUGCUUUAAUAGAGGGCUAAAUAUUAUGUGUUCAUGGAGGAUUGUCUCCAGAGAUAAGAACAGUUGAUCAAAUAAGAACAAUAGAUAGAAAAGUAUCAAAUCAUUUGUAUUUGAGGUUGAAAUACCUCAUGAAGGUCCAUUUUGUGAUUUGAUGUGGUCAGAUCCAGAAGAGGUUGAAUAUUGGGCUGUUAAUUCCAGAGGAGCUGGAUACCUAUUUGGUGCUAAAGUAACGAAGGAGUUUUGUAGAUUGAAUGAUCUUAGUUUAAUUUGUAGAGCUCAUCAGUUGGUGAUGGAAGGAUAUAAAUAUUGGUUCCCUGUAACAUUCAUAUCAAUAAUCUAGGAUUAAAAUCUGGUUACUGUGUGGUCAGCUCCAAACUAUUGUUAUAGAUGUGGAAAUAUCGCUUCCAUUCUUAGUUUAGACAAUUCAUUGUAAUCUACCUGGAAAAUCUUCAGAGAGGUUCCUGAAAGCAGUUAAAGUAUAAAUCCAAAGAAUGUUCUUCCUUAUUUCUUAUGA